AUGUCGCUGUACGAAAGCAUGACGGCGAGUUGCAGCAUUUCGGGGCGCCCCGUCGUAACAACGACCAUCGGCUACUUCACUGCGGCCCCGGUUCCGACAGCCAAGGUGUGCGAGGGCUCAACCUACACGAUUCUAGCGUCGGACGACUGCUACACCAUAUCCAAAAGCCAGGGCGUUGGCACGGACUGGCUGCUGGCCGACAAUGACUUGGAGGCCUUUUGCACCAACUUUCCUGCCGCCGGCACUUCUCUCUGCAUCACCAACCAGUGCACCACCGUCACCGUCCCUACCAAUGCGACGUGUGAGGGCGUGGCGGCGGCGGCCAACAUCACCGAGACGCAGCUCAUUGCCUGGAACCCUUCCAUAAGCUACGGGUGCGCAAACCUUUCCAAGAUGAACGGUUCUGAAAUCUGCGUCGACACUCCCGGCCGCAAGUUCGUGAUCCCUAGUGAUACCUCCGGCCUGCCCCCUCUUACUCCCACCACCGCGGCCCCCAAGCCCACCGACGCAGCAGACGGCUCCGGGGGUGCCGACAAGCCUUGUGGGCGGUGGUACUCGGUUCAAGAAGGCGACUAUUGCAAUCUCGUUGCCAUCAAGUUCGGCAUCACCCUCCCCGACUUCCUCUUCCUGAACCCAGCCGUCAAUGCAAACUGCACCAACCUCUUCGCCUUGGAGUCUUAUUGCGUCGCUGUGGUGGGCGAUAUCAACACCUAUAUUGGCCGCCCCGGCUACAACACUAUCACCCUGGAUCCCUCGGCGCCCUUCACCGGCAUCCCCUACACCGAGCGUCCCGACGCCACCGAGUCCCCCUACACGCGGUUGUACACGCCCCUCCCCGAUGCCACGGGCACGCGCGAUGACUGCGUGCACUACUUUGCCGGCGACGACUACCAGUACAACCUCACCGGCACGCGCUUCGCCAGCAACUGCGAACUCGCCGCGGCAACGUACGACGUCGACCUAGAGCAGUUCGGCUUGUGGAACCCCGGCCUCGGCAACGUCUUGGACUCGGCGUGCGCGUUCGAAAAGGGCGUCCGCUACUGCGGCUCGUGGUACGUCCAAAAGGGCAACCCAGAAACCGCCACAGCAACCUCAACCACCGACCCGUCCAACACGUCCCCGACGCCGCCGGGCCCAACCAUGUCAGGCUCGCCCGCAGACUGCAACUGGUGGAUCGUCGUGACGGAUGGGUUGUCCUGCACGGACCUGGCCUCCCAGGCCGGCAUCUCUCUCGCGCAAUUCCUGGCCUGGAACCCGGCUGUGAGCUCCGACUGUUUGACCAACUACUGGGUCGGCGAAGCCUACUGCGUCGGCAUCUCGGGCGACGACGGCACCGCGUCCGCCACAACAACCACCGCCGGUCCCACAAAGCCAACACCUCCCGGCCCAACCAUGUCCGGCUCGCCCGCUGACUGCAACAAAUGGGCCCUCGUCACCGACGGCCUCUCCUGCACCGACAUGGCCUCCCAAGCCGGUAUUUCACUCGAACAAUUCCUAGCCUGGAAUCCAGCCGUCAGCUCCGACUGCUCGACCAACUACUGGCUAGGCGAAGCCUACUGCGUUGGCGUCGCGGGCACCUCCACGCCAACAACCACCACAAAACCCACCACAACCGCCAAACCCACCCCACCGGGCCCAACCAUGACCGGCUCCCCCGCCGACUGCAACAAGUGGUCCCUCGUCACCGACGGCCUCUCCUGCACCGAGAUGGCCUCGCAAGCGGGCAUCUCGCUCGCGCAAUUCCUAGCCUGGAACCCAGCUGUAAGCUCCGACUGCUCGACCAACUACUGGCUAGGCGAAGCCUACUGCGUCGGCGUUUCUGGGGACGCCACCCCGACGACGACGACCAAACCUACGACGGUGUCGGCCAAGCCGACGCCGCCUGGGCCGACCAUGUCCGGCUCGCCAACCAACUGCAACAAGUGGGCGCUUGUGACGGAUGGGUUGACCUGCACGGCGAUGGCGAGUCAGGCGGGGAUUACGUUGACGCAGUUUUUGGCGUGGAAUCCGGCGGUGAGUAGCGAUUGUGCGACGAAUUAUUGGUUGGGGGAGGCGUAUUGUGUUGGGGUUGAUGGUUAG